AUGAACGCCAUCUUCCGUCGCGCCUACACCACAAAGAGCCUCAUUCCCCCUAACUUGGCUGCCUCCACCAAGACAACUGGUGCUGGUCAGGAUGCUCAGAUUUCCCAGUUGGUCAACUUCUACAAGAAAUUGCCCAAGGGUGCUGCCCAGGUUGCCAAGCCCUCCGGCCCCUGGGGCCACUACAAGGCUCGUUACAUCGAUGGUGACAACGCGUCCAUGACCCCCAUGUUCCAUGCUCUCUUUGGUAUCUUCGUCAUUGGUUACUCCAUCGACUAUCACUUCCACUUGAAGCACCACAAGAACGUGGAGCACCACUAGACGUAUUAUGCUGGUUUUCUAGCUCUUUUAACAAGUACAAUAUUGAAGGAGCACUUUUCGAAGUGACUUCUUGUUUCAAUCAUC